AACAGACGACUCCACAUGCAAAAACAAUUGGUCGUUAACAAAUGCAAACGCGGACCACAAAACUACUAACAUACACCCAUAAAUGCAGUAACUAGUUUUUGCUUUUUAUUAGAACAGCAGAUCAGCCACGCCCACUUUACGCUAAUUAUGCACCUGAUCCCCUUCAGUCACGCACAGAAGGUGGGCGGGACUAAUAUAAAUCUCUGGUGAUGUUGGGUGCGGCUGGUCCAUGCUGAGCAGCCGGCGAUAAGAUCGAGACCAAAUAGAGAGCAUCUUCUAUUCUUACUGCAAACCAGCUUGGAAUUCAAAGAGAGAGAACCUGAUUACAUACUAAGGGUGACUGAAAAUAGCUCAUCAGGAGUGGGAUCACUUGGGUUUCUAAAUAGAAAGCAAUGUAUUCUGUGAAACAAAUCAAAAUGCUAGACACAACCAGCAGCCAGUUCAACUCCUUCCUGUUUUGGAGGCAGCCCAUCCCAUUGCUGGACCUGUCAGAGCUGGAAGACAUUGGCAUUUCUAAUGCCAAGUCCAAAGAAUGGAAGUCAACCAAGAGCUCCCAAAAACCCCUGGGACAGGAGGAAGAAGAGGAUUUAGAGCUAUUAAAGUACUCCUCCUUCAACUACUGGAAAGAGCCCAUCCCUAGUAUCGAUACCUUGGAUUUCUGCCUGCUGUUAUAAGACUCUGCGACACAAUUCUCAGUUCCCAAUCAAAAUCUGUGUUUAAAGCUACAGUGGUUACACCGAUUAUCUACUUCGAUCUGAUAUUAAUGAAUACAAGAGUCAUAUAUCCUGCCUUUCUUGUUAAACCAUGUCAGUAAACUGUGAUAACAGAGUUCUUGUUUGAUUAAUCAGUAGGGCAUUACUGAAUAUGGAUGUGUUGGUAUAUUAUUGCCCUGUAAACUAUAAAUGUGACUGCUCAGUUGGCCAUCAAAUAAGAUUUCCAGAUUCUAAUCCACCAAAUUCACUUCAAGGCAAGGGGAUUCAAAACAAAUAAGAAAUCUAAAACUGUAUAAUAUUAUUGUCACAUUAUUUGUAAUAUUAAUUCAUACAGUAAUUUUUACGGUAGUUUAAACUGGAGUCUCACUUAAAAGUAUUGAAUCGAUUUGUCCAUGUUUAAAUGCACUGCCCCCCCCCCACCCCCCCGUAAUGUUUGAUGACAAAUGUCAUACGCCAAUUAAAGUGAGCUUGCUGCUAAAUGAAUAAAAAUGCAUCUGUA